UUUUUUUUAUUGUCAGGCACACUGGCAGAUGGGAAGGUGUUUGACUCCUCGAGGUCCCGGGGGAAACCGUUCAAAUUCAAGAUUGGACACCAGGAGGUGAUUCGAGGCUGGGAGGAAGGAGUAGCGCAGAUGAGUGUGGGUCAGCGGGCGAAGCUGAUUUGCUCUCCGGACUUUGCGUACGGCAGCCAGGGACACCCGGGCAUCAUCCCGGCCAACGCCACGCUCACCUUCGACGUGGAGCUCAUCGGCCUGGAAGCCUGAACUCUGCUCACUUUCAAUUCCACUCAAAAUAUCAGGUAAGAAGUCCAUCGUUAUUAUAA